AACUCCGGAUGUAACAUUGUGUGACGAGCCAACUCAUUUGCCACCUCUGGUUGUGUUUGUCGGUAGUGUUGUUGUUGUUGCCCCCCGGUUGUUCAUUUGCCAUUUUUUUUAUUUUGUUUUUUAGUCAUUACUAACAAGUUCAGGAGAGAUGGGUUAUAUAGAGGAGGAGGAGGAGGGUUGACGUCGGUUGACGUCCAUGUGUGUGUAUCUAUCCCAUCCGGCCCCCUUCUAGACUCUGCGACUCCCGAUGCGCAUGUGCCCAGCGUGAGGAGAAGGUUGUGAGCGUGGGGGCGCCGGCGGAUAACCUUAAAACAUUUUUCUCCUUUUGUCGACCCUUUUUAUUUCCCCCCCGCUUUUUCUUUUCGCUUUCCCUCCUCCCUCUAGAGAGAGAGAGGGUUUCGUGUGUGUGCGUGGGGGGGAGUACAAGACUUCCGACUCGGCAACAAACUUGUUCCAGACAUUGCUCAGUUCACGAACCAAGGCCACUGUGCCGUGUUUCCUCUCUCUCUGUGUGGAAUCUUCUUCUUCUUUUUUUCUACCAGUGUGUGUGUGUGUUUGUUUUGUUUUUCUCGUUCGUCAUCGACUCACGCGGGAGUGACUUACUCUUGUGCUAAGCCCACUGCUCUGUAUCCAGCCCUUUUGUGCUUUGUUAUGAAACGUUGAGAAUUAACUCCCCAAAAGUCCCGAAACGAACGUUAUCGUCAUUCGUCGUUGGCUAACUAACUACCUUACCGUGUGUGCUCUGCUGGACUUUGUUUGUUUGAACUUUCUUGAAAGUCGACUCUCGCUUAACUUUCUUUUAAAAUGUCGAGUUAAAAGAAUCCGCACUGGGAAUUUUUCUGGUGGCGGUGGUGGUGGUGAAGAGAGGGGGGAUUUUUAGAUUCUAACGUGUUUAUCGGACCGUUGCGUGACUUCUCGUUGAGGUGUGUCUGGGGCUGGCUGGCUGGCUGACGUCGUCGUUGUUGUUGUUGUUGGGUGAGUUGGUGCGUGUGUGUGCCGUGUCCGGGGGAGGAGGUUACCAGGAACGAUGGCAGUGUACUACUAUGCUAAAAAGAUGCGUCAGUCGAGCAUCGGCGGUAAUGUCAUCAUUCCACCGGCUCCUACUUCCUCCUCGACUUCUUCUUCCACUUCUUCUUCCAGCAAUGCCGCAGCAAAGAAUAACUCGCUUUCCUCGGCGGCUGCCCUUCCAGCUGUCCCAUCCGUCAUCACCAAGUCUCUACCGCAGACGCCCAAAUCGCCCGGUAGCAUGGGAAUCGAAGGGAGCAGUACCAGUAGCAGCAGCUCGGAAACGGUGGAUGAUAGCGGCUCGGAGCCGGACAACUCUCUUGUGUUCCAGGACAAUAAUUUAGUGUCCGGGCCGCUGGAUGCGCUUCUGCAGCAUUUGGUGCCGACAGCCGACUACUACCCUGACAGGACGUACAUCUUCGCCUUCUUACUCUCGUCCAGGCUAUACAUCAAACCGCACGCCCUCCUGGCUCAAGUUGUCCGGCUGUGCAUGCUCCAGCAGAACCUGGCCGACCAAAAACUCACCAAAGAAAAGUUGGGGCGGUUUUGUCCGCACAUGGUCCAACUGCUUUCCGAGUGGAUGGAAACAUUUCCGUACGACUUUCGCGAUGAGCGCGUCAUGCAGCACGUCCGCCAGCUGACGCAGCGCUGCGUGGCUCUCGAUCCUUCGCUGCGGAGGGACGUCUCGCAAAUGCUGCACAAUCUCCUCCACCGGCUGACGGCCCUCGAGAAAUACGAAGAGUUUCUGGAGAAGAUCAACACAGAGGCCUCAGCUGCUCUCAUAGACACCCUGAAUGUGUGUGACGUGACGGAAGUGUGUUCCAGUCCGCUGACUUUGUCGCAGCAGCUGACGCACAUUGAGCUGGAAAGAUUAUCGUUCAUUGGACCCGAGGAAUUCGUCCAGGCUUUCGCCAAAGAGAAUCCCAACGUGGAAACUUCUUUCAAAGACAUGAAGAAGACUCGCAAUCUCGAGUCUUACAUCCAGUGGUUCAACAGGCUCAGCUAUUUCGUUGCCACCCAAGUGUGCUCGAAUGUCAAGAAGAAGCAACGCAUCAAAGUCAUUGAAUACUGGAUCGAAGUGGCCCGGGAAUGUUUCAAUAUUGGCAAUUUCAAUUCGUUAAUGGCCAUCAUUGCCGGUCUCAACAUGUCGCCCGUUUCUCGUCUCAAGAAGACGUGGCACAAAGUUCAGUCGGCCAAGUUCUCCAUCCUGGAGCAUCAGAUGGAUCCGUCGUCAAAUUUCAGCAGCUACAGAUCGACCCUGAAGGCAGCCAUGUGGAGAUCGGCCGGUGCUAAGGACGAGCGCCAGCGAAUUGUCGUCCCCUUCUUUUCGCUACUUGUCAAGGAUCUCUAUUUCCUCAAUGAAGGAUGCGCCAAUCGGUUACCGAAUGGACACAUUAAUUUCGAGAAAUUCUGGCAGCUGGCCAAACAAGUAACAGAAUUCAUGACGUGGAAACAAGUGACUUGCCCGUUCGAAAAACACCCCAAAGUCAUUCAUUACCUGCAAACGGGAACCAUCCUCAGCGAAAAUGGUAUUGCUUUAUCGUCAUUCGAUUGCGAACCACCGGAAAACUCUCAUGAAAAAGAAAGGUUCAAAGCUUUAAAAUUGGCCGCCAUUCACGCAUAAUGUUGAAUAAGCGACCGUUAGAUGGCGUCGGCAUUCCCGUAUUUUGGUUUCCAAAACAACAAACAACAACACCAUUUGAAAAAAAAAAAAGAAGAUUCAUCCCACAUUUUCUCUCCGUCAAAUGGCAUUUACUUCCUUUCAAAGAACUUCCGUCUCGAUUCGUUUCUCCCUUUUCUACUUCUUCUUUUUUUCUAUACUUUUGGUCAAAAGUUUGGUCCAUUCUAGUCAAGAUGUGUAUGCUGUGCUCGCUUCCUGAACUUUUCCGGACAAAAUUGAAUUCCGCCCCUCAUUUGGUUUCUUGUAAAUAGUUUCCACCGUCUUCUAUAUAUACAUAUAUAGCUCUAUAUAAAACAAAAAAUAUCAUAUACAUAAUUAUCACAUCGAAACGUUUAGAACAUGACCAGCACCAGCAGUCCAACCCCCCCACACACACUCUUUGUCUCCAUCUCUUCGGAAUCAAGAAAAACAUUUGAAUGUCUACACAUCCCUCUCUAGUCCUGUGUUCAAUUUCAGCCAUCCCCCCGAUCCAUCAUCAUUUGUACACACACACACACCACAGAAGCAAGACAAAACACCAUCAAGUUGUUGUCCCACCCGAUAAUGAACCCACUUUUUUGUUCUCUUCUCAAAUAUCUUUUUUGUUUCUAUCGACAUUUGUGUUGAUAUUGAUGUUCCGGAAUUUUUUUUUCUUUUGUUGUGUCUCGCGAUCCACCAGGACGCUUUGGCAUGUUGAUGUUGUCGUCCAUUUUGAAAGACGUUACGUAAAAAAAAAAAAAAAUGUGAGUCGAGCAGGGAACACACAAAAAACACAUGGUUUGCAUUCACAUCUCAAAAUUUGUACAUUCCUCCAUUUCUCUUCUUCUACUCUUUUCCUAGAAUAUUUUUCAGUUUUUCUCAUUACAUUCUACAAUUUUCCUUCUUCUUUUUCUUGUUGUUGAGAAAAAAAAAUAGUUUUUUUUUCCUAUCUCAUUUGCAUGUUGUGCACGAGCGCGUGUAUUUGCUCUUAAAGGGAGGGUUUCGGUCUUUUUUAAAAUAUGCGCAUGCAAUUUCUCACGUCGUGUGUGUCAUUAUUCGAAACACACACUCUCACACCCACACACACACCACAUGGACAGGAAAAUGGAGAGAAACACAUUUAAACUAUACAUACAUUAUAUAUUUGUGUACCUUUUUUUCCCAUUUUUUUUUAAUCGGUUUAUUAUUAUAUCAAUGAUGAAUUACAAAAGAUGACCCCCAUUUAUUGAAA